UGCCCCAUCUCCAGUGUCAGGCUGCAGGCUGGGAGCAGAGGGGUUAAGCGGCUGCUGAGCUCUGUACAGUGGAGCUGAGUGUAGGAUCAAUUCGUGGACAGAGAGCUGCUCCUCCGCCUGCUGCUGUGCCACCAACCUACUUCUAGGAUUUACCAGGGCACUUGGUCUCCCAGAUCAUUGCAUCUCCUCUUCUGUCCUACAACUUACCGGAUCAUGGCCACUAAGAUUGACAAGGAGGCGUGCAGAGAAGCUUACAACCUGGUCAGAGAUGACACCAAUGACAUAAGUUGGGUCACAUUCAAAUACAAUGGAUCCACGAUCCUCCCGGGAGAUCAAGGGUCCAACUAUGAAGAGUUUGUGAACACCUGCACAGAUGAUAUUCGGCAGUUCGCCUACAUCAGAUUCACCACUGGAGAUGCAAUGAGCAAGAGGGUGAAAUUUGCCUUAAUCACCUGGAUCGGUGAAAAUGUCAGUGGACUGCAAAGAGCCAAGAUCGGUACAGACAAGACCCUGGUGAAAGAUGUUGUCCAGAAUUUUGCCAAAGAACUUGUGAUCACAGACCACAAAGAUCUAGGUGAAGAUUACAUUAGAGGGGAGCUGAAAAAGGCUGGAGGUGCCAACUACGAUGCUCAAACAGAAUAAGAGGCAACAUUUACCUUCCGCUGCCAUUCCAGUUUGAAACAGGAAGUCGUCUCAAUGAAAGCAACUGGAAACUAUAAUAAAAACUGGUUAUUUCUUUGCGUAAAUCUCUCCUUAUUUUGCUGCCCAGCUCAGGACUUGUUUUCUCCAUCCCACGUACCCUCCAGUGACUAUGUUACCAUGCCUGACAUGCUGGCUGCCCCGAAGGCAUGCACCUUCUUGUCAUUUGUCACAGCACAGAUCACUGCGCCACCUCCUUCAUCUCCAACACAUGCCAAGUUGUUACUAGGAUGCCUUGGACUGCACUUCCAGGAGUCUGCACUAUGAAGUGUCUGUGAUCUCUCUACUUCUGGCUUUAUUGUUAGUUAGACUUACAUGACCAGAGCGGUUCCCCCAGCUUAGCUGUCUGAGGUUGUCAUCUUAAUACCACUUCUGAAUAAUAGCCACAAUUACCGUCUCUGCCAAUUAGAAUUGGCAUAAAAGAUGCAAAUUAUAUGUGAAAACCAUGGGUUAUCACUUACAACCAUGGAGGGGGGGGGGGGUGCACCUUAACAUGCAACACACAACACCAGGGACGUUGCCUAAUGCAAGGAGUUAAAAACCAGCUCUAGCUACCUGUGAAUUCUAAAUGCAUCAUAUUCCAGCAAUAGGGGGCAGUAUUAUAAAAGUGGAAAUUAGCUCAGAGGAGGUGUUACCUCCUUACAGUACAUUACUCUGUAGGGGGCAGCGCUGAAAAAAAAGAAGGCUCCUCCUACUCCAUAGAGAAUAGGAGGCACAUUCAGGAUAUAGGGCUUCAGUAACGCCUAUAUCCUCUCUCUCUUUACCAUGUUGUUGGGAAUGAUUAUGCCACUUGUCAUGUUAGGUGGGUGACUGGAGUUGCCUUUGAAUUAAUUUUAACCACAUUCUAUUUUUUUCUAAACAUUCCAGGAAUGGUGUACUCACCUGCUGACCUAAAACUAAAUCUGGAAGUCUGUCUAUACAAUAUUCCAGUGAUCAGGCCAGUCCGUGGUUUCAUCCUGCAGCCUCUCUACAUUAUUGAUACUAGCAAAGAAAAGACAGGGUACCCGCACUCACCACAUGGCUGCUGUGGCUCGACUCUUC